CCUAAACAGUGGGUAAAGCAAAUUGAGCAUAAUGGGGCUUACUUCUCUGUAAACAUGAUUAGGAUUGCUUUGUAAAUGUUAUUUGUUGAGUAUUUAUAGUCUUCUACCCAGAGCGGUUUAUCACUCCCCUAAUAAGGGAAGUCAUAACCUACAGCCCAACAAAACUUGAUCACUAUUAAUUUUACUCUUUUAUUUUGAGUAGGCAUCUAUGUACAAACAAGCAAAAGCAUCUAUCUCGUAUGCCUUUCUCUAUUCCUGUUUCCUCUUCGAAGUGUAAAAUAGCAGGAGUGUUUUGUUGCCAAGUCAUCAGCUGUAGAAGAGUGUGUACAGUAAGAUACCAGUUGAAAUGCCCUGAUUGUAUACUAUACAUAGUUAGCAUAGAAUUUUUAAAAUGUUAAUUUUACGUAAUGGAAUUGGGUGUAAACUUUCCAAGAAUCUAAUAUGCUGAGCUCCAAAGUUCAUUAAAGCUUAGUAAACAAUGAUGGGGGGGGGGACGCUUGCUUAAUUAUUAUUGUGGCUUGGCUUGUAUUGGAACGCAAAGAGAGACAAGAACUAUGUUGGCCUUGGUUACAGAGAGCCACUGUUCUUUGACAGGCUUGUAGGCUUUGGCAGCCAUGGAAAUAGUGAACAGCUGCUCCAAGUAGAUUGAAAAGGAUUUGCAUUUCAAUUAUCUCACCAUGUGAUUUUUACCUAUUCUGGGAGGCAACAGUGAGUGUGAUAGAAAAAGCUGAAGAUUUUUUGGAGCAGAAAGAAGUAGAUUAUUUGCUAAUUAAAAGUCACUGAAUUUUAGUUUACAAUAUCUUAAGAUGGAAUACACUUAAAGGAGUUGUUGAAAGCCCAAAAUGGAGAUUAUCAUGGAGAUUACAAUGCAGACGGAAGCUACCUAGCCUAAUCAAGUUGAAGCGGAUAAAGACACUUAUUGUCACUGUAACUGUUACAGUGUGAGUUUUAAUGAAAAUGGAGGCCGAUCAAGAAACAAUUUCACGUCUCCGACGUCAGCUCAAAGAAGCCGAGGAGGAAAGAAGAAAGGCAGCACAAUAUGGUUUAGAUCUGGUGGAGAGCGAGAGCUUGUUACAGAAUCAGCUAGAUAAAUUGCAGAAUGAAAUAGUCACCAUAACGGAGAAUUUUGAACAAGAAAAAUAUACUCUCCAGAGAGAAGUAGAACUUAAGAACAGAAUGCUAGAAAGUAUGAACCUUGAAUGUGAAACACUUAAGCAACACCAAAAUAUACAAUUAGAUACACUACGUGAACAACUAGUAAGAAUGCAUGGACAAGAAACAAAUGAACUUAAGAAUAAGAUGGAAAAACUGAAAUCUGAACUAGAGGAAACCCUUCUUAGUGAGAAACAGUCGAAACACAAAGUGGACCAUCUGAAGGAGGUCCUUGCUUCUAAAACAGAAGAACUGCGCAUGAUGUCAGAGCGUGUACAUGAAACCAUGUCUUCAGAAGUGCUCAAUCUUCAACUUGAGCUGGUGGCACUUGAACAAGCAAAGGCAGACCUUGAGGACAGGUUACAUGAUCUUCAGUACAGCAAGGAGCAACUAGAACUUGGAAACAGCAAUCUGACCAAUCGACUGGCACGUCUCGAAGAGGAGAGAGAAGACAGAGAAAAAGAUAUUGUUUCAUACUGUAACGCGUUAGAGAAAGCUCAUGAAGUAAAUAGAGACCUUCAGCUUCAGCUUGACCAUGCACGGCAAGAAGCCCUGGAUCCUUCCAGUAAAGGCAAUUCCUUAUUCGCUGAGGUAGAGGACCGUAGAGCAGAAAUGGAGCGUCAGUUGAUAAGUAUGAAAGUAAAAUAUCAGUUGCUACAAAAUCAGUAUUCUUUCACUAGAGAACAGCAGCAAAGACUGAAGCUACAGAUGGCUGCUCUUCUGCGGAUGAAAGGUUCACAAGGGGAGCAUGAUCAGCUGGAACGUUUGCAAAGCAUGCUUCAACAAAAGAAUGGUGAAAUAGAAGAACUUCUAAUGAAAGUGAAGCAAUUGGAAAAGCCCAUGAAGUCUGAAAAUUCAAAAGCGCUGAAACUUUCAAGCACUUCAGAAUAUGCAGAAUCUGAAGAUGGAUAUUACACCGAUUUGCUUCAGAUGAAACUUGAGAAUUCAGAAAAAGAGAUAGAAAAUUUGAAAAGUGAAUUGUCGCUACAGCGGAUGAAGGCUCUGUUUGAGAGUCAACGCGUCUUGGAGAUGGAAAGGAAGCUGUUUGCAAAGGAAAGACAACUUGAGGCCUCUCAAAGUGAGAGCAUAAAUUUGCGUGUGAUGCUGGAUGAAUUGAGAAUAAAGUAUCAACCUGAAGAGUUAAUGAGAGAUUCGUUCAAUCUCAAGAAGGCUCCAGGGGAUGUGAUUUCAUACAACUUAAGUAGCAGGGGGUCUUCUGAGUGUGAAAUCUCUUGUAUGCUAUCUCAGAAAAAGGAAGAGACAACACCAAGUGAUGAUGCUCUGAAAACCACACUUCAGGCCGUAUCAGUGAACAAAGUUCAUCUUUCUGCAAUUGAACAGAGAAGUGAUCAACCUGAAAGGAAGAAGGUUAAAAUCAAGGAGGAAGAACUGGAUAGGACAGCUAUAAAUAUGAAAGAUAAGAAUGAAAUUGGACCCUCCCUCUCUACCAGGUCAGUGUCUUCUAAUAUGUAUGAGCAAGGCAAUCAGCACAGACCUGCAUCACUUUUUUUCCGCUGCAUGAACUUUGCUAUCCAUUUCUUCAUUUACUUUCUCAGUGUUGCAUGCAGUGUCGUCCCUCAGUUCCAGCUACCUAGUUUGAAAUUUUCAAAACUGUUUAAAAAGAUCAAAAUUACAGAGAAUCAAAAGGACUCUUAAAUCAUGGACUGAUUUAAAACUAAAAUGUUCUUUCACUUUGAAAAAUCACUGCAAUAAUCUCGUGCCUGCACUAUAUUUUCCCUCUGCAUUGGCAGUUGUGUAAUUCACACUAUUGUACUUUCCAGCUUAUUUUUCAAUUUGCAUACGAUCUUUGCAAAAAUUUGCAGUAUUAACUUCAUGAUGAAAAUGCCUGAAAAACCAUUGUUAGCUUUCAGAAUAAAUUUUAAACUUAAAGCCCCAAGGUUUUGAAUAAGUGGAUAUAGAAAUUUAGUGUUGAAAUGGGUGGGGAAACUAGGUAACUAGGUGAGCUUUUCCUUAUAUGGAAGGCUAUUAUAUGGCUAUUAAACUCCCAGGAGUUUUUUAUUUUUUGUGUUAAUGUAAUUACAGAUUAUAUUUUGCUUUGGUGUUUCUUCACCCCCACACCCAAGUUAUAUUUUCUAAUUGAUAUAUAUUUCUGUUUUUAUGCUCUUGGGAGGAUUAGCAGUGAAGGUCUGACUUGUACAGAUGCAGUACGUAACUUGUCUCAGACAUUCAAGUUCAGUGGUACCUUGGUUGUUGAAUGGCUUGGCUCCUGAACAAAUCAGCUCCCGAACGCCGCAAACCCAGAAGUGUUCCGGUUUGCGAACUUUUUUGGGAAGCUGAACAUCCGACACGGCUUCCGCGGCUUCCGACUGAGUGCAGGAAGCUGCUGCAGCCAAUUGGAAGCCACACCUUGGUUUUCGAACGGUUCUGGGAGUCAAACAGACUCCCGGAACGGAUUAAGUUCGACAACCAAAGUACCACUGUACAAGAUUGCUUAAACCAGGUGUGACAAACCUUUUAUAUCCAGAGAGGUGCAUUGAGGAUUGGCCAAGCCUACAAGGGUUGUAUGUCAGCCAGUGAUAGGUCUGACCAAUGUACACUUACACUUGUGUGCAUACAGCAUGCACACACCACACCCAGUGCACCUUUCUACCCCAGUGCUCCAAUGGGGGUGAAAGCCCAGAACGGAGCAUCUUUUUUUAAUUUUUGAAAAGUGGCGUUUCUACUUCUGGUUUGGUGCCAUUGUAAGAAGGUCCUAGGAGCCCGGGAAACCAGGAAGGAGCUCUCUUCCCACUUUACUUGCGCAUCACUUCAGGCACCAUGCCAGAAGGAGAAGAGACAUUUUUCAAAGGUCAAAAGAUCGAUCCUGAUUUUGGAAGAUAGUGGCAGGCCAGUAAAAAUGGUUUCACAGUCUAGGACUGGCCUGAAGCUUUGCCAUCCCUGGCAUAGACAGUUUCAGGAUUUUUUUAAUUGCUAGGUAAAAUUUGCUUGGAUAGCUGUGAUCAGCGGUUGUAGUAAUCAGUGUUUUUUUGUU